CACGCCCAUAUGGGGACAAUAAAACCCUGUGUGGCUUGUGGAGAAGCAGGGCCAGACACCCCAAGUCCCAGAGGAGGCUGCAGUUCCUAGAGCACCCUCGAGAAGAGAUCCUGCCAUGAAGAGGCUCCUUGCGGCUACCUGCCUAGUGUUCCUGCUGCUCUGUGAGGCAGGUGCAGCCCCAGCACCCCAGGUCCUCGUCAAGACAAAGGGCAAAAAAGGGGCCCCUGAGCAGGACACAGAGAAGGCCUGGGGAGCCCGAGUUGUGGACCCUCCAGAGAAGGAUGGCCAGCUGCUGCUGCUGCUGCCCAUCCUAGGGCUGAAGCCUGUUGCUGCUGCCAAGGAAGAACUGCCAGGUCAGGGUGCUAGCACCCAGGCGGAUGCCAAGGACAUCCUGAGCCGUUUCCGGAACCCCAGGUGGGGACCGGAGCCUGAUCUGGACGAGCUGUACCACCCCCAGCCUGAGGGCCAGGGUAGAGCAGGACCCCAGCCCCGGAUCUUGCCACGUCGCCAGGUGCUGCAGGGGCCAGAGGAGGACCGGGACCACAUCUACCAUGGAGUGUAGACUCUGGAGCCACCCUCCCCCAGUUCCCCCAGGAGGCCGCUGACCUCCCCCUGCCUCAGUUGUAAAAUAAACACCGGCAGAGGCCAAAGCCCUGUGACGGCA